UGUGUCUCCAGUCGUCCGCAGUUCUAGCCAUGGCAGCGCUGAGACCGGAGCAUCGCUAUGGACUCUCUUGUGGAAAAAUUAACAAAAAUAUCUCGAAUAAAAGUCUUUAUCACGUAAAGCUCACUGACACGGCCAUCCGAGCCCUGGAAGCCUAUCAAAACCUUAAGGGCACCUUACCGAAUCAGCCAGCCAUUUGCUUCCAGGGCAACCAAGGGUACAUCAAGAUCCCCGCCCCCUCCUCGGAUCCCCAUGGAGCCCUGCGCGUCUUCUCCUUCUACCUUUCCAGUGACAGCAAAGACAAGCCCCAGGCCAGCUUCGACUGCAUACACCAGUAUGUGUCUGGGGAGAACAGGGAGCAGCUGGAGUGCCAGGGAAGCAUCCAGGACAAGAUCACGGUGUGCGCCACCGACGACUCGUACCAGAUGACCCGCGAGCGCAUGUCCCAGGUGGAGAAGGACAUCUGGAGCCGAACCGCCAUCGAGAUCAAGCCGGGGUCCACCUAUCCCAGUAAAUACGUCAAGAUCCCUAAGAAGCCGGCCCCGCCCCCGACGACGGACGGCCUCCACCGGCACUCCCCCAGCAACCGGAGGGGCGGGGCUCCUGGCACGGUGGCUCAGAGGCCCCUGAGGGACCGCCUCCUGCACCUGCUGGCCCUGAAGCCGUACAGGAAGCCCGAGCUGCUGCUGUGGCUGGACCGGGAGAGGGCCGGCCCCAGGGACAAGGCUGACCUGGGAUCAGUGCUGGAGGAGGUGGCAAAACUGAACCCCAAAGACCAGAGCUUCACCCUGAAAGACGAGCUCUAUGUACACGUUCAGAAAGACUGGCCGGGGUACCAGGAGGAGGAGAGGCAGCUGCUGCACAGACUGCUGGCCAGGAAGACGCUCCAGUCCGGCAGCAGCCAAUCAAAGAGCUUCCAGCUGAACCCUUCAUUCCAGAAAACCUCUGAGGAUUCUCCGCUGCACCUCAGCCCCGGAAAGAAUCUGGCGGCGAAGCGGACGUUACCGUCCUCCCCACUGGACGGCCUUUCUCAGAAGAGACCGAGAGUGUCUGAGCCUGCCCCUCCCCCUCCGCCCCUCUCCAGCGGGCCAGCGAUCCCCAGCGGGGCCCGGGGCCCGACCGCGCUGCACCCCAAAGCCGAGACCCAGAGGAUAGGCGGCCACGCCCCGGAGAGCCGGGAUGGCUUCCCCACCCAGCACAACCUGAGCGACCCCGCCCACAAGCCCGCCCCGCCCAGCCCCAAGCCCCCCAAGUCCGACCCCCCCGUCUGCUCCGAGCAGCUCCUCUCCAACGACCUGCACAGGAAGAAGAAGUCCAAGAAGCACAAAGAGAAGGAAAGAGAGAAAGAGAAAGAGAAAGAGAGGGAGAAGGAGAGAGAGAAAGAGAGGGAGCGCUUGAAAGACAACGGGAGGAGAGAGUGGCUGGAGAACAGCCCAGACCUCAAACCUGACCUGGAGAAACAGCAUGAGCAGGGGGACGCAAACACACCUGUCUCUCCGCCCUCUCCCGCGGAGCUGCCUGAUUAUUUACUGAAGUACACUGUGAUCCUGGCCUCGGAGCAGAGGCAGAAGUACAAGGAGGACUUCUGCGCUGAGUACGACGAGUACCGCGACCUGCACGCCCGCAUCGGCAGCGUCACGCAGAUGUUCGUCCGCCUGGGCUCCAAGAUGAAGACCCUCUCCCCCGGCACCAAGGAGCACAAGGUUAUGGAAGACCAAAUAUUGGAGAAAUACAAGAAGUACAUGAAGAAGUUUCCUGGUUACCGGGAAGAGAAGAGGCGCUGCGAGUAUCUGCAUCAGAAGCUGUCGCACAUCAAGCGCCUCAUCCUGGACUAUGACCAAACCCACACGCCUUCGUAGCGCUAGCGCCAUCUGUGGCCCAGGAGGACCAAAAUGGCCGCCAGGGAGAUCCCCCCCCCACCCACGCAGCUGGUGCCCGACCCUGAGUUCUUCAAAGACACUAAAUGCACACCCCCCCCCCCCCCCCCCCACACGCAC